UCAUUAUUCCCAUGCAUCAACUUGUUCCUUUGAUUGUUAGAUUGAAAGAAUGGGCAAAAAGGAUGAGGGAUGUGCCAUAGGAAUCGACCUUGGAACCACCUACUCGUGUGUUGCAGUUUGGAAUGAUCAACAACGCAGAGUGGACAUCAUUCACAAUGAACAAGGCAACCCAAUUACUCCAUCCUAUGUUGCUUUCACAGAUGAUCAAAGGUUAAUUGGUUUAGCUGCUAAGAAUCAGGCUGCUACAAACCCUGAGAACACUGUUUUUGAUGCUAAGAGGUUGAUUGGUAGGAAGUACAGUGAUCCCAUUAUAAAAAAUGAUAUGAUGUUAUGGCCAUUCAAGGUUAUUGCGGGUGUUGAUGACAAACCCAUGAUUGUUGUUAAGUAUCACGGUAAGGAGAAGCAUCUUUUUGCUGAAGAAAUAUCAUCCAUGGUUCUCACAAAGAUGUGCGAAAUUGCUGAGACAUAUCUGGAGUCACCUGUUAAGAAUGCAGUUAUCACUGUACCUGCUUAUUUCAAUGACUCUCAGCGCAAAGCUACCAUAGAUGCGGGUACCAUUGCUGGUCUCAAUGUUAAGCGGAUAAUCAAUGAACCUACAGCUGCAGCUAUUGCGUAUGGCCUUGACAAGAGAAGUGAUUGUAAGAAACCGCGAAAUAUAUUCAUCUUUGACCUUGGUGGUGGUACUUUUGAUGUGUCUCUCCUUUCAAUUAAAGGUAAGGACUUCAAAGUUAAAGCCACUGCAGGAAAUACUCACUUAGGUGGAGAGGAUUUCGAUAAUAGAAUGGUGAACUACUUUGUAGAGGAGUUCAAAAGGAAGAGCAAAUUGGAUAUUAGUGGAAAUCCUAAAGCCCUGAGGAGGUUGAGAAGUGCUUGCGAGAGGGCCAAAAGGACACUCUCAUCGACUACAUGUACCACAGUUGAGGUAGAUUGUUUGUAUCAGGGCAUUGAUUUCUGUUCCUCAAUCACUCGUGCAAGGUUUGAGGAACUUAACAUGGACAUGUUUAGAGAAUGUAUAGAAACAGUGGAUAGGUGCCUCAAUGAUGCUAAGAUGGACAAGAGUAGUGUAGAUGAUGUUGUCCUUGUUGGUGGCUCGUCUAGGAUUCCCAAAGUGCAGGAGUUAUUGCAGGAAUUUUUCAAGGGGAAGGAUCUCUGCAAGAGCAUCAACCCUGAUGAGGCUGUUGCUUAUGGUGCUGCUGUCCAAGCUGCUUUGCUGAGUGGAAGCAUUAAGAAUGUCCCAAACCUGGUGCUUUCCGAUGUUACACCGCUGUCUCUUGGUACAUCACUAAAAGGAGAUAUCAUGAGUGUGGUGAUUCCUAGGAAUACUACCAUUCCUGUCAAGAAGACAAAGGGUUACAUGACAGUGAAAGAUAACCAAACCAGUGUCUUGAUUGCGGUUUAUGAGGGUGAGAGAGCAAUAGCCAGUGAUAACAAUUUGUUGGGUUCCUUUGUUCUUUCCGGCAUUCCUCGUGCUCCUCGCGGAAAUGGUCAUGAUAUAUGCUUUGCUAUCGAUGAAAAUGGGGUUCUAACUGUUUCCGCUAAGGAACAAACCACUGGCAGUAAGAAUGAGAUCACCAUAACCAAUGACAAAGGGAGGCUGUCGACCCAAGAAAUUAAGAGAUUGGUUCAAGAAGCUGAGAGUUACCUGGCUGAAGACAAGCAAUUCCUUAGGAAGGCCAAUGCAAUGAAUUCUUUGGAUGAUUACAUUUACAAGAUGAAGAAAGCCUUGAAGAAUGAUUGUAUUAAUUUAAAGCUUAGCUCAAAAGAAAAGGAGAAGAUCAGUUCUGCAAUCACAAAGGCUACAAGUUUGCUUGAUGGUGGUAAUAAUAAGGCAUAUGAAAUACAGGUGCUUGAGGAUUAUGUAAAGGAGCUUGAGAUCAUGUUUAAGCCCAUUAUAGCCAAGAUUGACUUGUUCUCUUCAUUUUAUUAGAGCUUUGCUUGUACUGACUAGUCAUUUUGUCUAUGAUAACAAAUACUUUUAUUAUAAUAUUAUUAGGAAUUAGUUUUAGUUUAUAUAAAUAUUUAGUGGACAUGUUUAAAUGGUUGACUUAGACAUUCAACAAUGUUUUAUGAAUUUGCUUGUGCUGACAGUAUUUGGCCCUCUGCCAUAAACAAUCCUUAGCUUCAAGUCAAUCAUUUUUAUGCUAUGAAAAUACAUGACAGUG